AUGCCACGAUGCGCGUCCCGACACGUCAAGCUUGUCGCCGAAGCUGAACAACUUGUCUUGCCCUUCCUCGCCCCGAGAGUCUUCCAGCCCUGGCCGAGGUCACUGCCCCAGUCCUCAUCACCCUCGCACUGCCAAAAGAAGUCCUUCUCAACCACCUGCUGCGACCAUGCAAGGCAGCCCCGUCCGACGGCCCGCCCAAAGCACGAGAGUGCUCGUAGCCUCCUCGUACAGCAGUGGUACGAAAGCGCCAUCGCUCCGCUAGAAGAAGAAGAAGAGGGCCAGCAUGGUGAUCAAGAAGAGCACGUGAAGCACGAGAAGCAUGACAAGCAUGACAAGGUUGAGAAGAAGACGGCAGAAAUUCCUGGACAGAAGAAGCGUAAUCUAAGCCGCGCCGAUGUUCAAAAAGCCUUCUUCCAGCGCUGGUCUACUUCCCAGGCCAUAGUCAAGACUCGCUGGACUGCCGCCAAGCGGCCCUCUAGCACAAGGACCAAAUAUGCCCCCUUGGGCAGACCCGUGAGGCGGAAGACCCGGGAUCAGACCGACGACGACAAGGCAGAAGAACUGGUCUUCUCUGCCGACGGCCACUCUCUAUACUGGAACCAUCAUUUUGCCAAACUGAACGCCCGCCACGACACUCGUCUAUCCCAUAACUUUACACCCAAGACAACGCCGAACCUCAAUUUUCGUUCUCAGAAAUGGGCUACCCAGAUACUCAAUGUCAAGGAGUUCAAGAAUCAGGAAGAGCUGGCGACAUUGCUGGGCGAUCAGUGGCGGAGGAAGUGGAUGCAUGCUUUGCUAUGGGCACUGGCCAAUUCUGUCGACGACGCUCUUCGCCUGCUGGAAAUUACCCACGGCGCCCCAUAUAUGCCCGCUGCCUACGUUGCCGAUGCUCUGAGUUAUAUUGUUGGCCAUUACCACAAGAAUUCUCUCCCUGAGGAUACCCGCAAGCAUCUGGUCCAUGUCGCCUGUGUGAUCAUGGAGCGUCCGGGUACGUCUCCGCUUCAGGUCAGCGGCAACACCUUUCGCAAAUUCCUGCAGUUCUGCUCUCAGGACCAGGUUCUGAAACUUUUUGAACACAUCAGUAUUAGUGGAACACUCUUGCAUUGGAAUACCCGUCUACACUUCACUACCUAUCUGGCGCAUCAUGGACUAUUCGACCAGGCGCUAGACACCCUUCUUGAUGCAGUUUCGGACGGAGCCGAUGUCGGUUCCAAGCAGUUUGAGAGUUGCUGUGCUACCAUUCUCCGAAAGGCUGCCGAUCAACCUGACGGCCUACGUGUUAGCCUUCGUUUGGUUCAGAACCUGUCUGACAUUGGUGUCAAGCUCAACGUCCAGCUGUGCAACAUUGUCAUGCUCAACGCCGUCGAGGCCGGUGACCUCAAGACGGCUUUCAGCAUCUACCACUCCCUUGUCGACAACAAUCUCGAGGCUGAUGAGUAUACCCAUGCUAUCCUGCUCAAGGGUUGCAAGACCGUCAUCGAAGACUCGGAAACUCUCAACACUACCAUUCGUCAAGCCAUCGCUGAUGUCGAAGUACGGAAUCUUUAUGUCGUGGCAACCGAGAUCAUACACUGUCUCUACCUACACCACUUCCAGAUCGACCCCGAGAAUGCUUUUGCGACAGUCUCCGAGGCCUACACACAGCUCUUCGACACAUCCGAUCUCAUCAACCUUGGGAUCCUGCCACAGAAAUACGCAAACAAGUCUUUGAAAAGGAAGAAGCCGACUAUACCCGUCAUGGGCAUCAUGAUCGGAGCAUACCUCCGAAACACUGUCCAAACACAAAGCAGAAAUAUGGACCACAUACACGACUUGUACCGACGAUGGCGCAACCUCGCCGAGCAAAACAUCAGCCCCUAUGUCUUCUUGGCCCAACACGAUCACACUUCCAACGCCUUCUUACUCGCUUUUGCCCAAGACCCUUCCGGACUUGCUUACGCCGCCGAAGUAAUCCGCGACAUGCAAACACCCUUCACCCAUGCACGAUCGCAGAAAAAGCCCACCGUGCGCUCGUGGUCAAUCUUCCUGCACGCCUUUGCCAAAAAUGGCAAGAUGGAGCUCGCAGAACAAGUGCUCAAGUACAUGCGAGAACGCAAACAGACGCCCAACGAAGUCACUUGGAACUCUUUGCUGGGUGGCUAUGCCAGACUCGGCAAGGCCAACGAGGCAGUCGAUACGUUUAGACGUAUGCGGGACGAAGGGUUCGAGGCCGACGAGGUGACGAAACGACAUCUCGGCAAAGUCAAUCUCGGUGCCGUGGAUCGCAGUGUUUGGCAAGGUGGAAGUAAGAAGUCACAAGUGGACAAGCGAGAAGAGCAAUCAGAGCUGGUUCAGGAACAGGAAGAAGUGAUAGGACUGCAAAGUGAAGAUGACAAGGCUGCUACUCACGGCACGAACGAGCUUGCCGAUGGCGUGCACGCGACGAGUGUAUAA